AAAAACAAAGUGUCAGUCAGAGGUGGGCGUGGCGGCGCCGCUGGUGCAGCAGCUGCUGAAUACCUGAGACAGAGAGGAGAGGACGGCAGCUGCCUUCAGGACACGCGGCAGAACCCACAUGAAGGCUUCAGCAGGCUCCGUGCACAGGGUUCAAGAGUAGGCAAAUGGUCGGGUCCACGCUGUCAUUGCUGGUCACUGGGUGGAGUAGUGUUAUUGAACCUCUUGAACGCAAGCACAAAAAAAGAAAGUGAAAGAGCACAAGACAGAGGGAUAAAUAUAAGAGGCUUCAGAGAGCGACAGGGAGCGAGGCUGCAGGGAGAGGCCUGCUUUUGCUAUGUUACUGAAGUAGCUCACGCAGCCGGACAUGAAUAGAGGAGCUGCGAGCGCCGCGAUCCAGACGGGAGACGGGAGGACGCUGUCCAGAGCUCAGUUUCUCUCACUGCUGACCACCUACAACUGCUUCCUCAAGGACCAGACGCAGCUGCACCUCGCUUACUCUGUGGGAGCGGGGGGGCACGUGGUGGUGGAAGGCUUCCUGAACGUGUGCUGGGGCGUCCGGAGGCUCAUCAGGCUCAAAAUACAGGACGACAAGCUGACGCUUCCCUUCGCUGCCCUGACCUCGCCUGAACCCACCAGUCCCGUCAGUCCGCUGGAACACAAGAGGGGCAUGACGCGCUGGGGGGAAUGCGUUGACCUUCACCAGAUCGACGAGAUGCCGGAGACGGCGCAGGACGUAAACAGCCCCGCGCCAGAGCCUCCUGUUUAUGAGACCUCCACACUUCGUCCGAUGAGGCACAAGCACCUGGAACUGGAGGCCGAGUCCAACCUCUUUCGCUGUAUGAGCGACGCCUCGUUAAUUAAGAGGAGGAAGGUCCGUAAGUCUGUGGCACAACAAGAGCGAGAGCGGCAGCAUCGCUUCUCCAUCAACGGGCACUUCUAUAACUAUAAGACCUCCGUCUUCACCCCGUCCUAUGGUACGCCAACAAAAGUGCGCAUCACCAGCCAGAUGACCACGUACCAGGUUAUUGAACAACUGCUAAAUAAGUUCAAGAUACAGAACGAUCCCCAGGAGUUUGCUCUGUACUGUGUUCACCAGAGUGGAGAAAAGAAGAAGCUGAGCAACAGAGACGAGCCUCUGUGGGAGCGCUUCCUGCAGGGACCCUCUGACGACAUCAUGAAGAUCUUCCUGAUGGACGCGGAUGAGGAGGAAGUGAGCAACGACGUCGCCCAGUACCUCAACUUGGAGCUUCCGCUUCUAGAGCAGGUUCUCCAGAAACUCCAAGAGGAGGAGAACCGAGAGAUCCAGAUGGUCAUUAAUAAGUACAACCACCAUCACAGACUCUUGUCCCACAUGCUGAACAGUAAGAUAUCUCCUCACAUUGAGACCAGCGUCUGACGCUUCAGACUGUGGGAGCCUGAAGCCUCUGCUCAGUCUCCUCAACAAACACGCAAAAACAGUGAAGAAAUUAAAGGAAACACGUUACACUGUUACAUUCAGAAAAAGUCUUACAAAUGAAGCCUGUCUGUCUUUUUGAUUUAUUUGUUUUGUACCUGUAUAAUAACAUAACAUAACAUAAAGAUGUAAAUAACUGAG